CAAUUGUUUGCUGUAUUUAAGUGUGAAUUAAGGUUUGCUUUGUUGCGGUAAUCGUCAGCUGGAAGUGAUUACCUGUCUUGAGAUAUACACACACUUUGCGGACAAACGAUGUCUGGUUUCGCGGCUCAGACGCUGGAGAAGAAGUUAAUCGACUUAAACAGUUCCCAACAGUCGAUACAAACGCUGUCCUUAUGGCUAAUCCAUCACCGAAAGCACCACAAGAGUAUCGUCCAGACCUGGUUCGCCGAACUCAAGAAAGCCAAAGCGGUGCGUCGAUUGACAUUCAUGUAUUUGGCGAACGAUAUCAUCCAAAACAGCCGCAAAAAAGGGCCCGAAUUCUCGAAAGAGUUCGGCGCAGUCCUCGCGGCUUCGUUUGAAUCGGUGGCGAAAGACUCGGACGACAAGACGUUGGGAUCGCUUGAGAGGAUUUUGGCCAUUUGGGAGGAGCGACAGAUUUACGACUCAAAUGACAUCAAAUCAUUUCGCUCUUCGCUCACUCUAAGGAAGAAUCAACAGUCAGUCAAAGAUGUGAACAAUUCGUCUAAAACUAAUGAUUUGAAGCCAAAUGAGGCGAAGGAAGCGAAG